ACGACUACAACUCCCAGCAUGUACUGACAGGCUGGGAAUUGUAGUUCUGCAGCAGCUGGCUAGCUCCGGGUUGGUUAGCCCUGCUGUACAGGUAGUCAGCCGGUGAUGGGGCCUGAUAUACGGCACAGUUGGGGGGUCCAUGUCCUCUGUCCCCCGGACCGUCCCUGUUUCUCCUCCACUUUCUAGUAUUUCCUCCUCACCCCCUUCCCGUCCUCCUCCUCCCGUCCAGCACACCCCUCCCACCUCCUCCUCCAUGGACUCUUCCCGUCUCCCCGUAGGCUCCUAGUAGUAGUUGGUGCGGAGGAGAGGGGGGCUCCGGGGCUCAUGUUGCGGGGUUCAGCAUGCAGUGUAUCGGCAGAAGACCCGCCCGGACCAAGUCCCAGGAGCAGAUCCUUGAGGAGACCAGCCGGAGAGUGACCCAGAUGAACAGCACCCGGCUGGGUUUACAAGAUGAUGAGGAUCUGAAGUUUCUUCUGAAUGGAAGUCCUUUGUCAAAAGUUAAAUCAGCUUCAUGGAAAAGGUUACGAUUUUACAAGUUACAGGAGGACUGCAAGACCGUGUGGCAUGACUCGAAGAAGAUUUUGAGGUCCCCAGAUUCACAAAUGUUCACCAUUGAUGACAUUGAAGAUGUGCGUCCAGGUCAUGAAACAGAGGGUAUGAAGAGGUUUGCGCAGGAUGUCCCAAGCGAUCUGUGUUUCUCAAUUAUCUUUAAGGGUCAUCGAAAAAACCUUGACCUGAUCGCUAACUCGCAAGAAGAAGCUGCUCGCUGGACUGAAGGAUUAAAUAAGAUUAUGAGUAACUCUCGAGCCAUGAGUCAGAAGCAGAAGCUGCAACAUUGGAUCCACACUUGUUUACGGAAAGCUGAUAAGAACAAGGACAACAAGAUGAGCUUUAAAGAGCUAAAGAGCUUUCUGCAAGAAGUAAACAUUGAAACUGAUGAUAACUAUGCAAAACAGAUAUUCCAGCAAUGUGACAAAUCAAAGACCGGGUCCCUGGAAGAUGACGAAAUAGAAGAGUUUUACAAGAUCCUGACAAAACGGGAAGAGAUAGAUGUUAUAUUUUCUACAUAUAAUGACAGUGAGAAUUUCAUGUCUGCUGGUAACUUCCACAAGUUCCUGAAGAAUGAGCAACAGGAAAAUGUGACCUUAGACCAAGCAAAGUCAUUGAUAGCAAAGUAUGAACCAAGUGAAGAGGGUAAAAAGCAGCAGUCUAUGACUAAAGAUGGCUUCUUCAUAUAUCUCUUGUCUGAAGAUGGCAAUGUGUUUAAUCCUGCUCACAAAAGAGUUCACCAGGACAUGAAGCAGCCGCUUUGUCACUACUUCAUCUCCUCCUCACACAACACUUACCUGAUGGAAGACCAGCUGAAGGGUCCAAGCAGCACUGAAGCUUAUAUACGGGCUCUGACUAAAGGCUGCCGAUGUGUUGAGUUGGAUUGCUGGGACGGGCCUAAUGGAGAACCAGUUAUUUAUCAUGGCUACACACUUACUUCCAAGAUUCUCUUUAAAGAUGUCAUAAAAACCAUAAAGAACUAUGCUUUUAAAACCUCACCUUACCCUGUGAUCAUUUCACUGGAAAAUCACUGCACCCUGAAUCAGCAGAAGACUAUGGCCAAACACAUGAAGGACAUACUUGGGGAUAUGCUUCUGACUAUGCCUAUAGAAGGAAAAAUAAAGGAUUUCCCAUCUCCAGAGCAAUUAAAAGGGAAAAUCCUAGUGAAAGGAAAAAAGCUAAACUCACUGGAAGAAAGCAUAAAGGAAACGGAGGACAGCAGCACCGAGGCUGAUGAUGUAUCUGAUGAGGAUGAAGCUGCAGAAAUGGAGGAUGACGCUGUCAAGACUACUGUCCAUGCCAAGAAAAAAGCAGGUGCCAAGCUGAAGCUUGCUAAGGAACUGUCUGAUAUAGUGAUAUACUGUAAGAGUGUGCACUUCCGGGGCUUUGAAAACGCAGCAGAGCAUCAGUCUUUCUACGAGAUGUCCUCCCUCACUGAGAGCAAGGCUCUGAAGCUGGCCAAUGAAUUUGGAAACAGUUUUGGUCGCCAUAAUUCCAGGCAGCUGACCAGGAUCUAUCCCGAUGGCAUGAGAACAGACUCCUCCAACUACAGUGCUGUAGACAUGUGGAACGUCGGCUGCCAGAUAGUGGCUUUAAAUUUUCAAACCCCAUGUACCGAGAUGGAUGUUUAUCAAGGUAAAUUCCGUGACAAUGGGUUCUGUGGCUAUGUCCUUAAGCCGUCAUUCCUCCGGUAUAGUCAGUCUAAAUUCAAUCCAAAGUCCAUACAGGAUGGGGAAUGGUGGACUCCAAAAAAGCUCAACAUUAUGAUCAUCUCGGGACAGCAGCUACCAAAAGUGAACAAGAAGAAGAGCUCUAUAGUGGACCCCUUUGUGUCUGUGGAGGUAUUAGGGGUGGCACGGGACCGAGAGAAGAAGCUCUCAAAGGUUGUGGAGAAUAACGGGUUUAACCCCAUGUGGAAUGAACAUUUUCAGUUUGAAAUCGAUGUGCCCGCCCUUGCCUUAGUAAGAUUUCUGGUGGAGGAUUAUGAUGCUUCUUCACGGAAUGACUUUGUAGGACAAUACACUGUUCCGCUGUCCAGUUUACAACUAGGUUAUCGGCACAUACACCUGUUGAAUCGGAACGGAGAUCCUUAUCCCUCCGCCACGCUGUUUGUGCACAUCAUGCUCCAAGAAAGCAAAGGCUGAUACAGCACUGAAAUGUUUACAAGAUUUUAUAUUUUUAAUUCUAUUUUUAACAACUUUAUAGCUGGCAUUAUUUUAAGUCAGAACUAGGUUUUUGUUAAAGGUUUACUACUCAGAUUUUAGGAGAAAAACUGUUCUACAACCCAUAGCAAAAAACGUAUGACUAUUUUACUUGAUUUUUACAUUUUUACAGUUUAUUUUUUUUCUCAAGUUUUAGAAUGUUUUUAUUUUUAAUUUUUAAUUUUUGCUAUUGGGAUAGUGCUGAAAUUUUAGUUUUAACCUCUUUUGCACGUUAACUUAAAAGGGAAAGCAAACUAGCACUUUCAUUUAAAAGAAAAAAAAUCCCUGUUACAUUCCCUGCUUUUAAUAUAGAGGGUUCUCUGUUUACUAACUAUUGGGGAGAUUUAUCAAAACCUGUGCAGAGGAAAAGUCAACCAAUCAGAUUGCUUCUUUCAUUUUUCAGAGGCCUAUCUUAAAGGGGUACUCCGGUGGAAAACUUUUUUUUUUUUUUAUUUAUUU